AUGUGGCAGAUCUUCCCAAACACCUCUCAUUGACCAUUCUGUUGCUGUAUCUAUUACCAAUGGCUCAGGUAACACAAGUUUCUUUCAAACUGGUUCUGUUUUACCCUGUUAAUAAAUCAUUUUCGUUGGACGAUCUUCAACAUUACUGAAAACAUAGAAUGUUGGAUAUAAAUACCAAACUUGGAUACAUCAUUAUUUACUUAAAAUCUUGUUUAUUUAAUAGUAAGUCGGGUAUUGAACAAAUGGCCUAUUAGCUCAGUUGGUUAGAGCGUCGUGCUAAUAACGCGAAGGUCACAGGUUCGAAACCUGUAUAGGCCAUUUCAUUUUGGUUUCCUUUUUUAUCACUCAUUCUUUGUGAUUUAGGAGGAUUAGUCAGGCUUUGAAUGAGCCAAGCUUCAUUCUCUUCACAGCAAACCCACAGAAACAAGGCUCUGUUUCCAACGACAGUAGCAACGCAUCACGCUUAAUGUUUGCUUAUAGCUGAUUGCUCUUACUCUUAGUCAAGGAGAAGAUCCAAGGCUAGGCUUUCCAUCGACCUACAAAGAUCAGAGGUAUCAACAUCUUAUACAAUAAAGUAGGAUAUGCUCAACUCGAUCGUCAUCGUCUGAGAGGACGGCUAACACGGAGGCGGAGGAUGGGCUGGAGAUGGAAGGAAGUUGGGUAGAAAGGACGCUGGAGGGAGUAGUAUUGGUGAUGAAGCUAGCUUGCAGCGAUGAAGUAGCGGACAGAGAUGAUGGCGAUAGUUGAUUAUAACAUGAGAGUUCUACAGAAGCAGAGGAAAAAAAGAUCUAACUCUUGACAAAGACAUGGAAAAGGAUACGUGCAACUUUAAGUCAAUGACAUAUGAUGAUCCAAUGGAUUUUGGGUUUGGCUUACCAGAAAAUAAAGAUAAGAAGCAGAAUUCGUUCAAGGUGUGAGUGUAACAAACAUCAUAUGCUUCUUAGACGUAUCCUUUUGAUCAUAAUGUGGGUAAAGUUUACUCUUCUCAGAUGCUCAGUACACUCACGUGAGCUUCACUUCCCGUUCUCGCUAUAUUACCUUGCCAUAAAAUUGAUAUGGUAAGAGCUUAAUGAUGUAUAGAAUGUGAUUAUUAUCUUUUAAGUUGAAGGCAUGGUUUCUAUAUGGUGUGUUUAUGAAAUUCAUAUGUAUAACAGAGAUGAUGAGCUUUCUGUAUUGAAAGUGGGGGUCUUCUUUUGAUAUCCCAGAAUUGAUUUGCUUUAAUUUGAGUUGUUAGAUGUGACCACGAGGAGGCAAAUUCAGUAGACGAGCGUUUGUCAUUUCUUUCAUGAUACUGAGGACAGUGACUUGAAAAUGCUUCAGAAGAAAACAGAGGUGGUAUUCUUCUUCUUGAAGGUAAAACAUAAGCCAAAUUGAAGAGAAGUAUCAGAAGAGCAAGGGUUGCAAGAUAAACCAUUCUUUCGCUUCUAUUAAGAGAAACCAUGUCGUCUGAAAAAGACAGAAACGUCUACCGAAGCCUCUUCAGUUUGCUCUGACUCUACACCGACAAAUAUAUGAACUCAUGUUGUCUCUCAGUUCUGACUCAUGCCCAACUCCCCCACCACAAAUUCUUACACAACAAUAGACAAGGAUAGAACAAACUUUAUCUGAUCACCGCCCAUACAGGUUUGAUUGAUGGACUACGCCCUACAUACUACGACUUCACAUCAAGAGGCUCUGCAAUAGUUUCAAAUUACAUAAAUUAAAUGUAAAUGUAAAUCAUCAAUACAGCUUCAUGCACUCCGAACCAAGAUAUUCAAUUGAUAGUGAGAACUCAGACACUAUACAAUUUAUAGCAAACGUCAUCCCCAGUCCAGCACCAACCAACGCUGAUUCUCCACAAGGAAGCAUUGCUUACGGAAUAAUACUCACCGACAUCUUCCAAAACAGGCGAUCCAACGGACGAAAGGUAUGAGAAAAUAGAGACAUAUCACAUCUGUUGGGGAUGGAUUUAACCCAUCCACAAAGCCCAUCGAACAAAGGGCCCAAUCCAGCAGAUCGAGUCAACCUCGGCUCGGAAGCCGAUUCUCGGGGUAUCGGCUUAGCCAGGAAACGCUGUUAGUCGAAGCAGAGAGCAAACGAAGCGGGACCAAUCGACUAAGCGGCUCGGAGCGAUCACCUCCUAAUCAGGCCCGGAGGGCCGACAAGGCCCAAUCAGUAAAAGGAGAUUAGGUUAAGGUAAUCGAACAGAGUAUAAAAGGAGAGGAAAGCAAAGGAGAAAGGCAUCGACACUUAGCUACACAAACUUAGCGGCGAGAUUAGGGUUUAUCAUCCGUACAAUCAUCUCUCUGCUAUUUGUACUUUUCCGGUUUAAGCUCUCACGAGCUCCGACUUGCUUUUACUUUCUCCACCUUUGUAACAUCAUCUCGAAAUCUAAUAAACGCCUCUGUUCGACCCAUUUCUAGUAUUGUUUACUUCACCCGAGACCAAACUCACCUUAAACAAUUGGCGCCCACCGUGGGGCCGAACAGACCCAGCGUUUCUAGACCGAUAUGACCACCGGAGGUACGAACCCUGAUACCUCAGGAGAGGAGCCGGCACUCACGCCUCCUCCGCCUCCUCCCCUCCUCUCGUCGGAAUUCAUGAGUUCAGUCAUAGCCCGACUUGCUCAUCAAGAAGAAGUUCAGAAGACGACGAAUGAUCAGCUCGCCGCCAUUGUCGCUGCUCUUAGCGCCUCCACCGGCAACUCACAACCGCUCCGUCGUUACCUCUUCAAUACAAACCCUCCUACUCCGGCAGAAGGACGAACGACGAACCCAGUCGAUCCCACUCUUCAACUCGCGGAAACCCUAGCCGCCGAUGCUUCUCCUGCAGCGUCAGAUCCAUCAACUGUCCGAGAAAUCGCUGAGCUUAAACUAAAUUUCCAACAAAUGAGUUCGAGGAUCCACCAAGCAACGAGCGCAGUACCCGAGAUUGACAGUGUCAUCGCAUCAACAUCGCGUACUCCUUUCACCGAGGAACUGACGGAGGUCAAACUCCGAAAGAUGGACAAGUUGCGUCUUCCGGAAUACAAACCAGGAGGAGAUCCCGUCGAGCACUUGACGGCUUUUAAUAUUGCGGUAGCGAGGGCCAGACUCGCCCCCGAUGAAAGAGACGCGGGAUACUGCCAACUUUUCAUUGAAACACUCAACGAGCAAGCCUUAACCUGGUUCUCGGGACUCGAAGAGAAUUCAAUUAGAAGCUUCAAAGAGCUCUCCUCGGCUUUUCUCAAGACUUAUAUCAUGUUCACCAAGCGUGAAGCAACGGCGUCGACUCUCUGGAACCUCAAGCAAACGAAGGAUCAGAAUCUUCGCGAUUACAUGGAACGUUUUAAGUCGGUCGUGUCAAGAAUCAAUAUCCCAGACCACAUCGCCGUCGAUGCCUUGAGGAACAAUCUCCUUGUGGAAUGUAAGUUCCGAGAAGAUCUCUAUCGAUGCACCGCCACGACGUUGCAAGAUGCCGUUGCUCGUUCUCACAACUUCAUUCGUAUGGAAGAAGACACUAAAGCCAUCUUGAGCAAGCACAACUCGGCGAAGCAAUCGGCGCCUAAAAAUGCCGCCACAGCUCACGUCGAACCUCGUCAGCAUGCUCCAAGCGACAAAAAUAACCGUAAGAACGGUCUCCUUUACGUCGUCGACGAAAACGGGAAGAAGUGGAACACCUUUCAUCGGGAAACCGAUCCUCCAAGCGAAUCCCCCCGAGCAACAGCGCCAGCCACGGUCGCCCAGGUCGAUUCGGCAGCGGGAUCUUCCCGGACCCCACCAGGGCUUACUAAAUCGUGCAAACUCCACGGUGUAAAAGGUCACGACACUUCGGAGUGCAAAACACUUUUUGCGCAAUUCCUCUCCUCACUCGAAAGCGGUGAAAUUAAGAUUCCUCCUCCGAAGCCAAAAAGCGAGAACAGUUGGAGCAGAAACAAGGACAGGAAAAAUCAGCGAAAAAAUCAAGCAAAACCGCGUCAAGACGACCAAAAACCAAAGGUCGCCGAGCAAAUCCCACAUCAAGACGAUGAUGGUGACGCCUCAGCUGACGAAGAUCCGCCGGCAGCCAGACAAAGGAUUGAAGUCAUUCGAGCCCAACCGGAGUCCUCAUCAGACGAAGAGAGCGAUCUCGAGGAAGCCCUCGACCCGUUGGACUUACGUGUACUCCUCAAACGAAAGACCACGCCAACGAAUGACAAGACUCCCGGAUCAUCCGAUCUCCGAGUCGAGCUCAAUGCUAAAAGAACUAAGCAUUCGCUGAGCCCAGGAUCCUCAUUGGUAACUACGGAAGGCAAUCCUAUCGUCGAUCUACGAGAUCAGCUUAACGCGCGAGUCGGUGAUUUGCGUGCAAAACUGGACCACAAAAAGGCCGGGUCGCCGAAAGAAAGCGAAGACCUCCGAGCUCUUCUCACCAGGAAGCAAUCAAGUGUCAGGCCGCGGAUCAACGUGAUUAUGGGAGGAUCUCCACCUUGCGGGGACUCCGUACGAGCAGUCAAAGAUCACCGACGAAUGGUGGACACCUCGCAGCGCUGGCCGCAGAAGUUCCCAACUGAUCUCCCAAUCUCCUUCUCAACUGAAGACCUUGUCGGAGUAACUUUCCCUCACAACGAUCCUCUCCUCGUCGUUUUAGCCAUCGAUAAGUACGACGUCACCAAAGUGCUGAUCGAUACUGGCAGCUCGGUCGAUAUCAUUUUUCGCGAAACUCUCGUAAAAAUGGGAAUCGACUUAAAAGACGUGAAACCGUCAUCCAGGACUCUCACCGGCUUUAACGGUUCUUCCGAAGUAAUCAUGGGAACUAUCCGUCUCUCGGUACAAGCAGAGGGAGUAGCACGGAUGGUCAAGUUCUCGGUAGUCAGCACCAAGGCUCCCUACCACGUGAUACUAGGCACUCCAUGGUUGUACUCCAUGCGUGCAAUCGCAUCCACGUACCAUCAGUGCGUCAAAUUCCCGGGAAUGGAUGGCACGACUAAGACAGUGAGAGGAGAUCAACGGGCCGCGCGAGAUCUCUUAAUCGCCACGGUCAAACUGCAGCGAUCUCAGUCACUAGUCAACUCGAUCUCACCUCCUAUCAGCAAGAUCUGCCCACAAAAGGAAGAGGUGCUCGAAGUCCCAGUCGACGAAUCGGAUCCAAGUAAAGUGCUACGAGUAGGCGCUUAUCUGUCGGACGAGAUGCAACGUGAUAUCACGGAUUUCCUGAAGCAAAACUUGUCUACCUUUGCCUGGUCGAUGACUGACAUGCAGGGAAUCGACCAGUCCAUCACGACUCACGAGCUAAACGUAGACCCAAAUAUUAAGCCCAUCCGACAGAAGAGACGAAAGUUGGGUCCCGAAAGAUCCAAAGCAGUUGUCGAGGAAGUCGAGCGCUUACUAAGCGCGGGCUCAAUAGCAGAAGUUCGUUACCCGGAAUGGCUCGCUAACCCGGUGGUUGUCAAGAAGAAAAACGGCAAGUGGCGCAUGUGCGUCGAUUUUACUGACCUCAACAAAGCCUGCCCAAAAGACAGCUACCCACUUCCGAACAUCGACAGAUUGGUCGAGUCAACUGCUGGCAAUGAAAUGCUCACGUUUAUGGACGCUUUCUCGGGAUACAACCAGAUCAUGAUGCAUCCCGACGAUCGAGAGAAGACGUCGUUCAUAACGGAUCGAGGAACUUACUGCUACAAAGUAAUGCCCUUCGGGCUGAAGAAUGCCGGUGCGACGUACCAGCGACUUGUCAACCGCAUGUUCGCUAAACAGCUCGGUACAACGAUGGAAGUCUACAUCGAUGACAUGCUCGUCAAAUCAGUCCGAGCAAACGACCACCUGGCACACUUAAGGGAGUGUUUCGACAUCCUAAACGCGUACAAGAUGAAGCUAAACCCGGCCAAAUGCACUUUCGGGGUAUCGUCCGGAGAAUUCCUUGGCUACAUAGUGACGCAGCGGGGAAUCGAAGCAAACCCGAAGCAAAUAUCAGCUGUCCUUGAUCUCCCCAGUCCGAGAAACUGCCGAGAAGUCCAACGACUAACAGGCCGAAUCGCAGCGCUUAAUCGUUUCAUCUCCCGAUCCACCGAUAAAUGCCUCCCAUUCUACGAUCUCCUCCGAGGAAACAAGAAAUUCAUUUGGGACGAUAAAUGUGAGGAGGCUUUUAGUCAGCUCAAACAUUACCUGACGACGCCCCCUAUCCUGGCAAAGCCGGACAUAGGCGACGUUUUAUCUCUCUACAUUGCGGUCUCAUCCGCCGCAGUCAGCAGCGUGCUAAUCAAGGAGGACCGAGGAGAACAACGACCUGUUUUCUACAUGAGCAGGAGGAUGACCGGACCAGAAACCCGGUACCCGACACUUGAAAAGAUGGCCCUGGCCGUCGUCGAAUCAGCGAGGAAACUCCGCCCAUAUUUUCAGUCACAUUCGGUAGAAGUUCUCACCGACCAGCCGCUCAGAACUGUCCUGCAAAACACGAACAGAGCUGGCCGUCUUACCAAAUGGGCGAUCGAACUCGGAGAGCUCGACAUCACCUUAAAGUGUAGAACCGCCGCUAAGGCUCAAGUCCUCGCCGAUUUCCUCGUGGAGUUAUCUCCGGAACUCGCUCAAGAUUUGGAAACCUCGGAUUCAACAUGGAUCCUGCAUGUCGACGGUUCCUCGACAAACAAAGGCUCUGGAGCAGGAGUUCAGCUUCAAUCCCCAUCGGGAGAACUCAUUCGACAGUCGUUCAGUUUCGGUUUCCCAGCAUCAAACAACGAAGCAGAGUAUGAGUCACUCAUCGCCGGCCUUCGCCUCGCCAAAGCAGUCAAGGCUAAGCGACUCAGUGCAUACUGCGACUCACAGCUCGUCGCCAGUCAGUUCAGCGGUGAUUACGAUGCGCGCAACGAUAGAAUGGAUGCUUACCUCCGAGUCGUACAAGCAUUGGCUAAAGAGUUCGAAUUCUUCGAGCUCACAAAGGUUCCUCGUGGAGAAAAUGUCUGUGCGGAUGCGUUAGCAGCACUCGGAAGCAAGCUACGCGAUCAAGUCAAAAGGACUAUUCCAAUCCACCGAAUCGAGAAACCAAGCAUCGACAUCUCAACGGAAUCAGCUAACUUCGUCACCACAGAACCGAAACAACGCCCUUAUCUGAGACCAACGACGACUCCGAGAUGA